UUUUCAACAAUAUACAAAUCUAUACAUACGCAUUAUUGUUCUCUCUAUAUACAAAUCUAUACACAUUAUUUUCUCAUAAAUAUCCUUCACACUCAACACACACUAUACAACUAAUCAACAACCAUCAUGUCAAUUCCGGCAAGUGUAGUUGCACCACCUUUAGUCAAUGAACUUGACAUAGUGAUCCCAACAAUAAGAAACCUUGACUUCCUAGAACAAUGGAGACAGUUUUUCCAACCAUAUCAUCUUAUCAUAGUACAAGAUGGUGAUCCAAACAAAAAGAUUCAUGUUCCUCAAGGUUUUGAUUAUGAAUUAUAUAAUCGUAACGAUAUUAACAGAAUCUUGGGCCCAAAAUCUAGUUGUAUUUCUUUUAAAGAUUCUGCUUGUAGAUGCUUUGGAUUCCUUGUUUCUAAGAAGAAGUAUAUCUUUACCAUUGAUGAUGAUUGCUUUGUUGCUAAGGAUCCAACCGGGAAAGAGAUCAAUGCCUUGGCACAACACAUCCACAACUUGUUGACACCGUCGACACCCUUUUUCUUCAACACAUUGUAUGAUCCAUAUAGGGAAGGCGCUGAUUUUGUCAGGGGAUAUCCCUUCAGUUUGAGGGAAGGUGCCCCCACAGCCAUCUCUCAUGGACUUUGGCUCAACAUUCCUGACUAUGAUGCUCCUACUCAGCUUGUAAAGCCACGUGAGCGCAACACCAGGUAUGUGGAUGCUGUUUUGACCAUCCCGAAAGAGACCCUUUUCCCUAUGUGUGGGAUGAACCUUGGUUUCCACAGGGAACUCAUCGGACCCGCCAUGUAUUUUGGGCUUAUGGGAGACGGUCAGCCUAUUGGUCGGUAUGAUGACAUGUGGGCUGGAUGGUGUGCUAAGGUAAUAUGUGACCAUUUGGGGCUAGGGGUGAAAACAGGAUUGCCAUACAUUUGGCAUAGCAAAGCCAGCAACCCAUUUGUCAAUUUAAAGAAAGAAUACAAAGGCAUCUAUUGGCAAGAAGACAUCAUCCCAUUUUUUCAAAAAGUCACUCUCCCGAAACAAUGCAAGACGCCACAAGAAUGCUACCUUGUCCUCUCAGAGCUUGUGAAGGAGAAACUUGGCCCGAUUGAUCCUUAUUUUGAGAAGCUUGGGGAUGCUAUGACUAUAUGGAUCGAUGCUUGGAAUGAGCUCAACCCAUCAACUGAUGAUGCAGCCACGGUCAAGAUUGAGCCUUCUAAACCCAAGUAGAGAGCAGUUCAAAAAAAAAAGAAAAAACCCAAGUAGAGACGUGCAAUCAAAUAACGUCUACCUGCAUUUGCUCCCUAUUUUUAGUCUUCUUUAUUGUUGAAACAAUAUUUUGUUUUCAGAAUAAUAUUUCACCGGCUUUGUGUAGACUCUUUAUGGAGUAUAUUACAGAGAUGUAACUUAUGAUUCUAGUUAUGGCUA